GAUAGUGAAAUGGGAAAAACAUGAAAGACAGACCAAACAUAAGUUGGAUUUAAUUGAGACGUUACAUAAAUAUUUUAAACGAUUCGUAACCAUUUAAAAGCUAGGUAUUUAUGCAGAACGUUUACCAAAGCAAAGUGUAUAAAUUUGGUACAAAAUCGAGUAAGGUGUAAUAUUUUCGAGUAACUUGGUUCGUGGCUCGCACGAAUGAUUUUUAAACAAUAUCUAUAAUCUGUGAUAGUUUAAAAGACCAAAGACUUCGAGAUGAUUCUAUUCAUAGCAUUAAUAUUAUUUACCGGAAAUGUGUGUGUAUUUUCGCAACAAGAGCCAGUCGAAAAUGAAUUUUCUCGAAAUGUGAAAAACAGCGUCAAUAAACUGAACGUAGAUUUUUCCAAACUAGUAGUAAAUGAUUUGAAACCAGAAGGAAACUUCAUAUUCUCACCACUCAACAUUUACGGAGCGUUGGCUUUGGUACAUUUGGGCGCCACUGGCACCACCAAAACUGAGCUUUCCAAAGUUUUGGGACUUUCUGAUGGAGAAAAGACAUCGGCAGAAGGUCACGAAAAUUUUGGAAAGUUGUUGAACGACAUACAAAACACAACCUAUAAUGGGACUAACGUGAACAUUGCAAAUGGAAUAUUCGUUCAGAAAGGAUUGAAACUCAAAGAAAACUACUUGAAAGGCACGACAAAAUAUUAUAAAAGUCAAUCUCAACAAUUGGAUUUUGCCAAGGGAGGACCUGAAGCUACCAGUGCCGUUAAUAAAUGGGUUUCCGAAAAAACAAAUAAUCGUAUACAGGAUCUAUUCAAAAGCGAAUUAUCAAAGGACACCGUAAUAUUAUUAGCAAGCGCUUUAUACUUCGCCGGAAAAUGGGCCGAUAGAUUUACUGAGUCGUAUACUGAAACGAAAAAUUUCAACACUGGACUGAAACUGGUAAAAGUACCAACAAUGAGUAACAACGAAUCAAUUCCGUACGUCGAUAAUAAAGACCUGAAAUUCGAAGCCAUCAGUUUACCUUACUUAUACCAAGACUUUUCCAUGUUGAUUGUCCUUCCACAUCGAAAUCAACCCCUCAAAACACUCGUAAAUUCACUCAAACCAGAACAACUUCCAAAAAUAAUAGAAUCCUUGAAAAGUACCUACGUGAAUUACGAAAUUCCUCGAAUGAAAUUCCGUUGGUCCCAAGAUAUAAAUGAGCAUUUGACGAAACUAGGAGUAAAACAAAUGUUUGAUAAGGCUGAACUAGGCAAUAUGGUGGACUUGAAAAAUGUAGCUGUAUCAAAAGUAAGUCACGUGGCUGAGAUCGAAGUUAACGAAGAAGGAACUGUAGCCAGUGCAGUGACUGCCAUACAAUUUGUGCUCACGUCAUUAGUUACUUACUCAAAUCCACCUCUUCCGUUCCAUGCUGAUCGACCAUUCCUUUUCUCGAUUUACCAUCGAGCUUCGGGGAUAAUUUUGUUUACCGGUGUGGUACAAAAUCCGGCUGACGAGAGUGCUUGAAAAGCAAUAUUUUAUUUUUAUUGUGAUUUUUUUUUCAAACUUUCAUUGUUAGAUGAUAGAUAUGUAUUUUUUUGUAGAGUUUGAGUACAUUAAAUUUGUUUUUAUUGCAUCAAAAA